UACAAAACAAACAGAACUAGCUCCUUGUUCGCCCCGCACGUUUGUAUCAACACAGCAAACGGGUGGAGAUGGCUGAAAGUCGAAAGGGAAGUGUAAUGUCGGACAGACCCAGUGUAACUGGAAGCAAUAGGAUGGCCAGGAAAGGCAGUGUGGCGGAGAAGCCGAUAGAUUUGGACGACCUGCUCAUCAACGAGCUCGGCCAGUUCGGCAGGUUCCAAGUGCGCAUGAUCAUGCUGAUCUCGGUGCCGAUGAUCAUGUCGGCGUUCAUGAGCGAAUAUAUCUUUUCGGCUGCGGCUAUACCGCACAGAUGCAUGAUCCCAGAAUGCGGUGAAACGUCUGAAAAUGCUGUAUUCGAACCAGAUUGGCUCUCUAAUGCGAUGCCCAAUAACACUAGAUGCGAACGCUUCGAGUCCUCGCAAAUUGGAAACGGAUCCUUGGACUACUGCCCUGCUUAUUUGUUUGAACAAUCCAGAACACUCGAAUGUGAGAGCUUUGUUUACGAGAAAGACAACUCUGUCGUGUAUGAUUUCAAUUUGGGCUGCAAAGACAACUUAAGAGUAUUAGCUGGUACUCUAAACAGCGUUGGCACACUAUUAGUCCUCCCCAUCAUAGGCUUCAUUUCGGACCGCUGGGGACGAAGACUGGCGCUUACUCUCAGUGUCUUCAACUUGGCUCUGGUUGGUCUUAUCCGUGCCUUCUCCGUCAACUACCCCAUGUAUCUUGUUCUUCAGCUCUUGCAGACCACAGUUGGCGCCGGAACUUAUAGCUCUGCCUAUAUAUUUGCAACUGAACUUGUCGGCCCGAAGUAUCGCGUAGUGACAAGUGCAACUUGUGCCUCUAUGUUUGCUAUCGGACAAGUGGUGCUAGGACUUGUGGCCUGGUUAGUACAACCGUGGCGGUACAUGAUCAUGACUCUUCAUAUCCCGUGCUUCCUGAUUAUCUCCUACUACUGGCUCCUCUCCGAGAGCGUAAGGUGGCUCCUCUCAAAAAAGAAAUACGAUGAAGCAAAAGAAGUAUUAGAAAAAGUAGCGAGAGUCAAUAAAAAACAGAUCAGUGAGAAAUCUAUGCAUUCGUUAAUGAAUCCACCACCACCGCCACCAGUUACUGAGGGCAACGAUUAUGGUUUAAUUAAAACCAUCAUCAAAUCCCGGGUUCUGCUUCGCCGCGUGUGCACUACGCCCAUCUGGUGGAUCACAACCACGUUCGUGUAUUACGGACUGUCAAUCAACUCCACCGCUCUCGUUGGCACCAAUAUGUACCUCAACUUCAUACUGACGUGCGCCAUCGAGAUCCCCGGCUUCUUCACGGCCGUCCUCAUUUUGGACAGAGUCGGUAGGAAAAUCACACUGUCCAGUGGUUUCUUUCUGAGCGCAGCCUUCAAUAUCGCUUUCGUAUUUGUUUCCAGUGACCUGACCACGGUGAGGCUAGUGCUAUUCCUGCUGGGCAAGUUCGGCAUCUCGAUAGUGUUCACGUCGCUGUACCUCUUCACCUCGGAGCUGUACCCCACGCAGUAUCGGCACACGCUGCUAGCCUUCUCCUCCAUGAUAGGCAGGCUCGGGUCUAUCACCGCACCGCUCACUCCCCUAUUAGCGGAUAAUUACUGGCACGGGAUCCCAAACCUGAUGUUCGGCGGGAUGGGCCUGAUCUCCGGGUGCCUGGUGCUCACGCAGCCCGAGACCCUCGGCACCAAGAUGCCGGACACUCUGGAGGAGGCGGAGGCGAUCGGCAAACCAAAGUCCAAGCGGCAGACGUCUACCUGACAUCCAACUUCUGAUUAGCAUUAUUACUCGUAUAUUCCUGUCUACAUUCGUUGUAAAUAUUAGUUUAGGUGUAUUAAAAACGUUUAUUUGUUUA